GAGAGCUUUUCUUGGCGUUCAAGAGAGAUCUACAGCAUUCCAUAUUUGGAAAAAAAAAGCAAAACCCUAACCCUAGCGCGAUUCAUCUCAAAAUCGAGAAGAUAAACCCUAGAAAAAGAAGAGAAGCUCUGGGGAUUCUAUCAAUGGCCGACCCUCUACAAAGGAAGAAGAGACCGAGGAGGAGGAGUGAUGGUCCUGACUCCCUUGCAGAAACCCUCGCAAAGUGGAAAGAACUCAACCGUCAAAAUGAUACAUCCAAAGACGGUAGAAAACCUACACAAAAGGUACCCGCAAAGGGAUCAAGAAAGGGGUGCAUGCGAGGAAAGGGCGGUCCAGAGAAUUCCCACUGCAACUACCGCGGCGUGAGGCAACGGACAUGGGGAAAGUGGGUCGCUGAAAUCCGAGAGCCCAACCGUGGGAGCCGCCUCUGGCUCGGCACUUUUCCUACAGCUCUAGAAGCUGCCCGUGCAUACGAUGAAGCUGCUAAAGCGAUGUACGGAUCCCUUGCCCGUCUAAAUUUCCCCGACCGCAAAGAAGCUUCAACUGCUACCACCACAUCAGAAUCGUGUGGUUCUACUACAACAUCACAUCCGAGCGUAUCAUCAGGAGGGGAGGACCAUGAACAACUGACGUCUCCGAAACCAGAACCAAAAGAUGACCCAAAUGGGGAGAAGCUAUUUGGGAACCUCGAUCACAUCCAGGAUCUCCCUGAAGAGAUGUUCGACGUUGAGGACAUGCUGAGGAUGAUGGAUGCAGAUCCGAAUAACAUGGGUCAACCUGAAGGCGGAACUGCAGGACUAGAGUGGCAGUAUGACGGUCCCCUGGCUUAUGCGAAUGUGGGUCUAAUGGAGCCGGAUCCUUAUGGUGUGGAUUACAGGUACAAUGUUAUCAGGCCAAUGAGGCAAGAUGUCGACUUUGCGCCUCUGAUCGACCAGGAGGUGUUUGAUCCUGAAUUCGGUGGGUUUUAGUUGAACUUUUCUUCAGCAAGCUCUGCUUUCAUGGAUUUAGUUUUUGGCAUGGGGGUCUUUCUCAUACUCUUGAAUAUUAGGGAGGGUUUAUGGGGGAGAACUCUGUCAGGGGCGAGGAUGCAUUUUUAGUCUCCUGUAGUAUUUAUAAAGGGUCAUGUUCUUGUGACGCGUCCUAGGAUUUGUUUUGGUUCUUCCGUUUGUUGCUUAUACAGAUUGCAUUCUGGAAGCUGGAUUGUGUAGAACUGUACAGUUGAAGUAGUGUACCGAGGUAAAAGGCUUCUCGUUGAUUAUGCCUCUGCUCGGAGUGGCGCGCGAGGCGAAGUUUUUUCUUUUUUUGGUUAAUCAUGUGUCUAUUAUAGAGAUUAUUUAUUGGUGCAAAAGAAUAUAUAGGCCUUUUUCCUAUUUUGUAGUUUUUGUGGGAUGCCUCGGGCGAGAGAUGGCACAGAAUUUUUUUUUAUCACAAUAAUGUAAUUGGUCCUUAUGUGAGGUGGAUGAGAAGAAGUUGUAAUUUAUUUGCGUUAAGAAUUUUAUGCAUCAUGAAAUUUGCCUUUGA